AUGAAUCCGUUCAUGGUCAAAAUCCCUACUCUACCUCAUUUCUAUACCUCUGGUCCAACAGGAAAUAUUGGCUAUAGCCCACAAGCAAGAUUUUCUUCCAAUAAAGCUCACAGUGAUGCAUCACCUUCAAUCCCAUCACGAGGCUGUCCCAAAUGCAAAGUUAUGGAGGAUGAAGAUUCCCCAGUAAAAAAAAUCUGUGAAAAUUCAAGGGGAGCUGCCGCUGCUACUGGUCAGCAGGUGGAGUCAACUAGAGGCACAUUGGAACCACUCUCGCCAUCCAAGAGGCUUAACCGAGAAGUGCAUACCAGAAAACAAAAUCCGCCCGACCCUGUCAUGUGGGAACCAAUGGCUUCUAGUUGUUCCCAGACACUGGCAGGGCAGAGCAAUACACAGCCAAGCACCUUCAGGUGUUCCAUGUGUCACAAUUCUACUGUUGAGCAAAUAUACCCAAAGAAUGAUCGGCUGAGGCUCAAGCCUCCCGCAAUUGUAGAACUCGUACUGUCAAUACUGAAGUCACAGAACUUCACACUCAGCGAGUUUCUUGUUAUUCUGUUUAGCAACCCCAUAGAAUUCAGUGCAUCAGCAAAGGAGAUGCUGAAGUGGUUCAUAGGGGGACGUACUGUGAAGAACCAUCCAGUUGAUGUUGUACACGCAUUAUACAACCACCCAUGGGCAUGGCCCCAACAAUCCUAUGAACCCCCCUAUGACACAUUGCCAGAAUAUGCCAUUCCAACAAUGUUUUCUCAGCCAAACACCCAGAUGGACAGCAAAAACACAUACAGCGACUUACAACACUACUUCAUUGCAUGA